AGCUUUCUUUCUCUUUCGCCCUUUUUCGGAUACAGAAUCAGAAAUGAAUUCGUUAAUAUACAUAUAUUUAAUAUUUUAAUUAAAUAUUUAAAACAGUUUUUUAUUAAUUAAUUUUCGUUAUCUCAAUCAUCUUCUCUAUUGUUUCAUUUUUUACAGUUACCACUCUCUCUCUCUCUAGAUUCUAGCUUCAUCAAUGGCGAUUGGAUUGAUGCGACGAGCAAUAGCUAGGGUUCCAGCGCUGUCACCGGCGGCGAGAGCUGUAAUUUACAGGGAACACGCAUCGGAUGCGGCGGCGGAGGCGAAAUCGAGCUCAACCCCCAAAACCUUCCAAAUCUACCGAUGGAAUCCGGAUUCGCCUCAGAAACCUGACCUCCAGAGCUACGAAAUCGACCUGAAGGAGUGCGGCCCGAUGGUCCUCGACGCGCUGAUUAAGAUUAAGAACGAGGUCGAUCCAACCCUAACCUUCCGCCGCUCCUGCCGCGAGGGGAUCUGCGGCUCGUGCGCGAUGAACAUCGACGGGCGGAACGGCCUCGCCUGCCUCACGAAGAUAGAAUCCGGCGGAGGCGCGACGAUGAUCACGCCGCUGCCGCACAUGUUCGUGAUCAAGGAUCUGGUGGUCGACAUGACGAAUUUCUACAACCAGUAUAAGUCGAUUGAGCCGUGGUUGAAGCGGAAGAGUCCGCCGGAGAAUCCGGGGAAGGAGAAUCUGCAGAGCAAGGAGGAUCGGAAGAAGCUGGAUGGGAUGUAUGAGUGCAUUCUGUGCGCUUGCUGUAGCACAUCGUGCCCUAGCUACUGGUGGAAUCCGGAGUCUUACUUGGGCCCCGCAGCGCUUCUCCAUGCCAACAGAUGGAUAAUGGACAGUCGAGAUGAAUACACAAAGGAGCGGCUGGAUGCUAUCAAUGAUGAGUUCAAGCUGUAUCGGUGCCAUACAAUCUUAAAUUGUGCUAAAGCUUGCCCCAAGGGACUCAAUCCCGGUAUGCAAAUCCAGAACAUCAAGAGACUCGAGCGCACAAACUAGCUCUUCGGAUUCUUGGAUGCUUGAUUGAUUCAUCAAGUUAAAUAAUGAAUCUAUUUUUUGUAAUUUUCAACUAUUCUACCCUUCUGAUUAGUGUACUGUUUCCAAAAUAAUGUGCUUUGGGAAAUUGGGCUUAUAGUUGUCAAUUGUUAGUUUAAUCACAGCUCGAGUGGCCCGGCCCGGCCCGGCCUACAACUGCGGAGGGCUGUAGAUGGUUUAUUUGUGAGCAAAGUUUUAUUUGGUUUUAAUCUCCUUUUUCAAUAUUUGCGUAGUAGUUGUACUUUUCAAGUAGCAAUCAUAAAAAGAUAUAGAUAUAUGUAUAGUGAUUAUUUCUCCUAAAA